UAUCUUCCCAUUCCUCACUCAACCGUUUCUUUCUUAUUUUAUACUAGGUCAGAUUAAUACUAAAUUUCCCAGAAUCGUUUCUUGAUUUCUUACUAUAUAUACAUUUUUAAUCUGUGAUGACGAGUGUUUGUGAGUUUCAAAAUUCCUAUCCGUUCUAUCUCAAGAAAGCUAUGGCGGAGUUGGAUGUUUCUCCGAGAAAGAUUCUGAGCCGCCGUGGUGCGGCGGACGGGGACGGGUACUUGGAUUCUCCGACGAAGAUUGAAGGUGGGAUUUUUCAGAAGUUUUUGCCGUACAAUAAUGGUGAGGAUGAGGAUGAAGAUGGUGAUGAUCCUUAUUCGGCGGAUCAUUUUAGGAUGUAUGAGUUUAAGGUGCGUCGGUGCACGCGCAGCCGGAGCCAUGAUUGGACGGAUUGCCCGUUUGCGCACCCGGGGGAGAAGGCCCGCCGGAGGGACCCGCGGAAGUUUCAUUAUUCCGGCACCGUGUGCUCGGAGUUUCGGAAGGGGAAGUGUAGCCGCGGAGAUAAUUGUGAGUUCGCGCAUGGGGUUUUCGAGUCGUGGCUACACCCGGCGCGUUACCGGACGGAGGCGUGUAAAGACGGGAGGAAUUGUAAGCGGAAGGUGUGUUUCUUCGCGCAUAGUCCACGUCAGCUCCGGAUUCUGCCGGUGAGCCGUUACCAAACGGGUUCUUUGUCUCCCGUCCACGAUCCCGCGGCGCGUUACUGCCACUCUCCGACUUCGACUUUGGUGGGGUUUUCCCACGCGUCGUCGCCGCCUCUUUCUCCAGCGGCGAAAACCCCGUUUUGCCGGUACGGAAUGACGGCGGCUCAACUUAUCGAGAUGAUGAGUUACAAAGAAGCGUUGACCGAACUGGUGAAUUCCCUAGAAGCCAUGAACGUGGAACAACAAGUCAAUCUCAACCCGCCCCUUUCACCGGCAACCAUAACCCGCAUGAACCGACCCGUAUCCGGAAAUGACCCGACCCAUUUCAGUCUUUCUAAUUCUCCGUCUACUCCGGGCGGCCAUAGCUCCGGCAGCGAAAUUCUCACACCACAGAGGAAUUGGACCGCUUUUUCCGACAACAGAGACGGCGGACUGACCGGAAUUGAUCUCGAUUGGGUGAAUGAUCUAUUAACAUAAGGAGAAUAUAAUGAAGGUGCAUGGAGGGUGGAAUUCCUGUACAUACAGAUCAUCAUCGUCAUCGGCGGUACCAUCGAUAUAUGUAUAUAUAUGCGAUGGGAUUAUGUGAUAAAUUACUUAAUUUCCAGAUUUAAUGCUUUGAUUAGCUGGUUUAAUUUUGCAUUGGAUCAAAAGCUUGUUCAGAGAGAGUCUGAUGAACUACGUACUAGCUAACUCCUUCAGCUUAAUGGGUGUUUAAUUAGGUGCUUAAUUUCCGAGUUUGGGUGAAAAUGUAAUUUGGUGUUAAUUACGGAGUAUUAUGAAAUAUAUAUUUAUUAUGCAAUCAAAUAUA